AUGGGCAACGAAUCGUCAAUUGAGGUGGAUGAAUCCACAGUCCCUUUGGUGCUUGAGGCGCGCAACAUCGAGGCUCUGGCCAAAUAUGUUAAACAGCACAAUGUGAACAAAGUUGUGGUGAUGGUGGGAGCGGGCAUCAGCACUUCGGCGGGCAUUCCAGACUUUCGCUCACCUGAUACAGGAAUCUACGCCAACCUGGCAAAGCUAGACCUGCCAGAGCCCGAAGCAGUCUUUGAUAUUGGUUUCUUCCGCAGCAACCCCAAACCUUUCUAUGCGCUGGCGCACGAGUUGUACCCCGGACGCUAUCGCCCAACCAUCGUGCACUCGUUCAUCAAACUUCUUUACAACAAAGGGAUGCUCUUGAAGCAUUUUACUCAAAACAUUGACUGCCUUGAGCGCCAGGCAGGUGUGCCAGGUGAGAAGAUCGUCGAGGCCCAUGGCAGUUUUGCGUCACAGCGCUGCAUUGAAUGCAAGGAGACCUUCCCAGACGAGGAGAUGCACCAGCUGGUAGCCAAGUGCGAAGUACCCCACUGCUACAAGUGCAAUGGUCUGGUUAAGCCGGACAUUGUGUUCUUCGGCGAAUCUCUACCCUCGGAAUUCUUUGAAAGCCGCUCUCUUCCAGAAGAGGCCGAUCUUUGCAUUGUCAUGGGAACUAGUCUGUCCGUUCAGCCAUUUGCUAGUCUUCCUUCGAUGGUUAGUGAGGGUGUGCCUCGCUUGCUCAUCAAUAUGGAGCGUGUCGGUGGCCUUGGAUCCCGGAGCGAUGAUGUGUUGUUGAUUGGAGACUGUGAUGCUGGAGUGCGCAAGUUUGCAAAGGCUAUGGGAUGGGAUGAGGAAUUGGAGGCACUGUGGGAGGAAACUAACCCCGACCCGCAACAAAGGGCGGAGGAGAAUGCCCCGCUACAGACCCGCGACGAACGACUACAUGACGAAGUGGACCGACUAACGGAGGAGGUCGAUCGAACUCUGGGGUUGACAGAUGCGUAUCAGAAUAAAGUACGGGAAAAGCUGGAGUCACACGAGAAGGCACACCGCCAGUCUGGAGAUCUCGACCAUGUUUUCCCCCAUUUGGCGCGGUCCAUGCACGAACUGCCCCAGAACUUGUUGGGGCCAAUUCAGGACUUCGAGAAGGCUUUCACAGUGGAUCGUUCCAAGCUUAAGGAAAUCGUGAACCACUUCGUCAAGGAGCUCGAGAAAGGCCUAAGCGUUGAGGGCGGCAACAUUCCCAUGAACGUCACCUGGGUCCUGGACUUCCCUGAUGGCAACGAGCAGGGAACCUACCUGGCCCUCGAUAUGGGCGGCACCAACCUACGUGUUUGCGAAAUUACCUUGACCGAGGAGAAGAGCGCUUUCGAUAUCACACAAUCUAAAUAUAAAAUGCCCGAAGAGCUGCGAACUGGAACCGCCGAGGAGUUGUGGGAGUAUAUCGCCGACUGCUUGCAGCAGUUCGUUGAGACCCACCACGAGGACAAAAACCUCGCCAAGCUGCCUCUCGGUUUCACUUUCUCCUACCCCGCCACUCAGGAAUAUAUCGAUCACGGUAUUCUGCAGCGCUGGACCAAGGGCUUUGACAUUGAUGGUGUCGAGGGUAAGGAUGUUGUUCCCCCUCUGGAGGAGAUCCUGAAGAAGCGGGGCCUCCCCAUUAAAGUUGCAGCCCUUAUUAACGACACCACCGGUACUCUCAUUGCUUCUUCUUAUACCGACACCGAGAUGAAGAUCGGCUGUAUCUUCGGUACCGGCGUCAACGCUGCAUACAUGGAGAACGCAGGCUCCGUACCCAAGCUUGCCCACAUGAACCUGCCUCCCGACAUGCCCGUCGCCAUUAACUGCGAGUACGGAGCUUUCGACAAUGAGCACGUGGUACUUCCUCUCACCAAAUAUGAUGACAUCAUCGACCGCGACUCUCCCCGCCCCGGCCAGCAAGCUUUCGAGAAGAUGACUGCUGGCCUGUAUCUUGGCGAGAUCUUCCGUCUCGCACUAAUUGAUCUGAUCGACAACAAGCCCGGUCUCAUCUUCAACGGCCAGGAUGUCUCCAAGCUGCGCAAGCCCUACUUGCUCGAUGCUUCCUUCCUCGCCAAUAUCGAAGAGGACCCAUAUGAGAACCUCACAGAGACAUUGGAGCUCUUUGAACGCACACUGGGAAUCCGCCCCACCCAGCCAGAGCUAGAGCUAGUUCGCCGUCUCGCCGAGCUGAUCGGUACCCGUGCCGCUCGUUUGUCCGCCUGCGGAGUCGCUGCCAUCUGUACCAAGAAGAACAUCGACUCCUGCCACGUCGGUGCUGACGGCUCCGUCUUCACCAAGUACCCCCACUUCAAGGCGCGCGGUGCCCAGGCCCUGCGCGAGAUCCUCGACUGGGCCCCUACCGAGAAGGACAAGGUCACCAUCAUGGCUGCCGAGGAUGGUUCCGGUGUUGGUGCCGCCGUUAUUGCCGCCCUUACCCUCAAGCGUAUUAAGGCUGGUAACCUUGUUGGUGUCCGCAAUAUGGCUGACAUGAAGACCCUACUUUGA